AUGACUAGCUAUUUUCCACCAAGUGGCAGCGCCAGUAAUGGUGCUAAUACACCGACUGCGUCGUCUCCAUUGUCCCCACCAACGCAGCGCCCGAAUGCCCUCACCAAUCGGUUGACAUCGGUACUGUCGGCAUCGUAUGCGGACUCGGACAUUCGGGACUCCCUCGAGACUUUGAGCUUGAGGGGCAUUCACAACACCGCAGAAACCCGUCGGCAACUACGACUAGAUGUGCAAAAGGAAGUUGUCGAUUGCAAUGCGGAGAUUGUUAAAGACUUUGGGAAAGUGGCGGAGCAAUUAAGACGAAUCGGAACGGUUGUUUCAACGCUCAAUCAGACAUGUGAUGAUAUGCGCAAACGAAUCAACCUCGCGAAGCAGGAUACCACACCGGUACUCGAAGAGGCCAGCACCCUGAUGACACAAAAGAAAGAGACCGAGACCAAACAACAGCUCUUGGAAGCCUUUUCGAAACAUUUCUUGGUUCCGGAAGAGGACUUAUCGGUUUUGACAUCGGCCGAGGAGCCCGUUGACGAGCGGUUCUUUGACGUGCUAGCUCGUGUCAAGCAAGUGCACCACGAUUGCGAAGUCUUGCUCGGCGGCGAGAAUCAGCGACUGGGCUUGGAAGUGAUGGAACUGAGCACCCGAAACCUCAAUUCAGCAUAUCAGAAACUAUACCGAUGGGUACAGAAAGAAUUCAGGACCCUGAAUCUAGAAGACCCUCGCAUCAGCAGUACGAUUCGCCGCGCUCUACGGGUGCUGGCAGAACGCCCGAGUCUAUUCCACAGCUGCUUGGACUUCUUUGCGGAGGCACGGGACUAUGUACUGUCCGAUGCUUUCCACUAUGCACUGACUGACGCUGUUUCCGGGGCCAAUGGGCCCGGGGCCGGUGAUCACACUGUUAAACCGAUUGAGUUCUCAGCGCAUGACCCUCUUCGGUACAUUGGUGACAUGCUUGCGUGGGUGCACUCAACAACGGUAUCAGAACGAGAGGCUCUCGAGUCGUUGUUUGUUGAUGAUGGGGACGAACUCGCUCGGGGGAUUCAGGCUGGCCUGAGCAGCGAGCCCUGGUCGCGCAUCGACGAAGACCAGGAAGUUGCCUAUGAUGGCCAAAAGGCACUUAGUGACUUGGUCAACCGCGACCUUACUGGAGUGUCUCGAUCACUGCGGCAGAGAAUAGAGCUCGUCAUUCAGAGCCACGAGGACCCUGUUACUUGUUACAAGGUGGUGAACUUGUUGUCUUUCUAUCGCACAACAUUCACCAAACUAGUGGGCGCACAAUCGCACUUAGUGGACCUGAUCCAGACCUUGGAAAAGUUCACUCUUGGCCACUUUGAGACUCUGAUGCGCGACCAGAUCAGCGCCUUGGCUGGCGAUAAUGUUGCCCUGACUCCACCAGACGACCUGUCGCCCCCACAGUUCUUGUUAGAUGCAUUGGAAGGCCUAGAAGUACUCAUGAAGACCUACGAGGCUUCCGUCGGACCAGAAGAUUCAUCUCCAGAUACGCCCACUGACAACCCAUUUACCUCUGUCCUCCGAGCCGCCUUCGAUCCAUUCUUGACACUAGCCCGGUCCUCAUCCGAUGAACUUCAAACCACCACAGCGCAGUCCAUUUACCGCACCAACAUUCUCCUUACAGCACGCGCAGCUAUAUCACCAUUCCCCUUCGCAAGCUCCACGCACGUCCCUCCCAUUUCUGCUGCCCUAUCAACCCUACGCAGCGAUCUUCUCGACACACAACACCAUUUCCUCCUCGAUACCUCUGGUCUCGAGACGCUCUUAGAAGCCCUGGAGCCUUUCUCAGACACUGCCGAAGACAAGACCGAGAAGCCAGACCAGCAGAAACCCCAUCUAGCCGACCUGGCCAGUCUCCCAGCUUUCCAACCAGAGUCCUUAAUCACAUCCAGCCAACAACUCGACGACUUCCUCCCAUCUGCACUUAUGGACGCAACCGAUAACCUCAAGCGUAUCCAAAGCCUCUCCCUGAUUCAGAGCGUGACCGAGGAUGCGGUUGAAGCAUUCUGCCGUGAUUUCGAGUUUGUUGAAGGCAUGAUUAUCGCCGCCGACGAGGCGCGGGGAACUGUGAAUGUGGCCAUUGGGGCUGGGACCAGUGUCAGUGGUCAGAGCGGUAAAUCCGAUGGCAGGAUAGAAGCGACCGAGAAGGAUGAAGAGGGCGAGGACGAACAAUGGAGUUUGAGAUCGUUGUUCCCUCGAACGACAGGGGAGAUCCGAGUGUUGUUGAGUUGA